AUGACAGCUUACCCCAGCUAUGCAUAUGCACACACGCAUACUUAUAAACGUAGAUUUUCACAAGAACAGAUCACCUUUCUUGACGUUCCUCUUUUUCAGCACCCGAUCAUCAACACAGACGCUCAGAUCAAAUGUCACGUGGUCGGCUCUCCCACCCCAAUCAUCAGCUGGAAGUACAACGGCAGACAAUCCAUCACCAACGAGGCCAACAGCAGAGACAGCAGGAAGAUCGUUCAACAUGGAUACUUGCUGAUCAAAAACAUCACCACGGCUGACAAUGGAUUGUACACAUGUGCUGCUGAACUGCCAUCGGCUGGUGCAUAUGACGAAAGAAUCAUUAAUGUCACCGUCUACAUCCCGCCAAAAGUGACCAAACCAAUUGGUCACGUGACGGAGAUUGAAGGGAAUUCCCUGGAAGUCACGUGCAAUGCAACUGGACUGCCCAAGCCAAAGUACAAGUUCUUUAAGGGGAAGAAGCAGCUGCAAGCGACCAACCGUAUGGAGAUAAACGACGAGCAAGGUAAGUUGAAGAUCAGGUCGCUCGUGAAGUCAGACGAGGGUUCCUACGUCUGCAGAGCCUACAGCGAGGCCGGUGAAAAUUCAGUCGAAGGCUCCAUCGCCGUCAAAGUUCCGCCAAAGAUUAUGGAGUUGAAGAACUUGACCUUGGACCAAGGGAUGACAGCUAGCAUCAGUUGUAAGGCUAAGGGUGACCUUCCAUUGUCAAUCAGUUUUUUCAAAGAGUCCACAAAAGAAAUCUUUCGCGAGGGGUACAACCAAGAUAGAUACAGUGUAUUGAAGAAGAGUCCCUACGAGAUAGUCCUGCAAAUAAACUACCUGAGACCUGACGACAUGUCUGGCUAUAUUUGCAAGGCCUCCAAUGACUACGGCAAGGAUGAUGCCACUGGAUACUUAGAAGUCGCCUAUAAGCCUACAUUUCCAACGAAAAGAAACCGCUUGAAGGAGUACAGCUGGGUGGGCAGGGUGCACAACAUCACGUGCAGUGUUAAUGCCAACCCCCCUGUCAGUGGAUUUGUGUGGGAUAGACGGGGCAUUUACUUAACGGACAACGUCACCUACCGAAUGUUUGAGCACAAAGGCAACUACAGUUUGCAGAUCAGGGUGAAGCCUUCGGACGAGAACUGGAUAUAUGGCGAGUACACCUGCAUUGCACAGAACACGAAGGGCAGCACCAAACACACAAUAACCCUCGAUAAAGGAACUGAAAACAAGAAAAGCAGUGAAAAACUGAAGCUGGAAAACUUGAAAAUGAACAGCAAAUACACGGUGAAGGUGAGGGCGAAGAACGAGGUGGGUUCAGGGCCUGAGCAGGUCCUCACGUUCACAACCGCCUCCAAAUCAAAACCAUCUCCAAUCAUCAUCAAUUCGAACCGCGAGGGACCCAAUGCUUAUCAGUACAAAUUGAUGUGGGAGACUCCCAAAACUGGAGGAACGCCGAUCCGUGAGUACGAAAUCAAAUUUCGAAAAUCAAUCAACCAAAACCAACUAUGGGCGUUGAAAGAUGAAUGUUCGGUCAGCGGCAAUUCACUGGGAGCCACCUGGCAGGAGUUCAAGUACUCGGACAAUCCUCUGAGGCCAUCAAAAUCUUACACUUUGUACGACCUUGAACCCGAGACCAACUAUGACGUCAUCAUCCAUGCUUUCAACGAGCUUGGAAAGUCAGAGUCCAACAGCAUGUUCUGCUUCAGGACUAGCAAGGUUUCUGACGUUGACGAAGAACUGGCCUCAAGAAGUCGGGACGUCAGAAUAUGGGUCGUCCUUCUCAUCACGAUCGUCAUUUUCAUCCUCGUCAUCGUCGUCGUCGACGUCACAUGUUAUUAUGUAAACAGUUGCGGCAUGACGAUGUUUGUUUGCGUGAAGUUUUGCAAGAAGGAGAGGCCUCUAUCGAGGAAGGAGCAGGAGAUGGAGCAACAUCAGUGUCCGCAGAAUCGAAAACAAUCAGACCACUAUCAGCAGUGCGACCAGCAACUACAAACCCUUUGCACUACUCUUCUCGUUGCAAUAUAUUUCAAAUUUACGUUAUGCAGUAAUUGCGACAUGCAGACGAGUUCAUCGUUCAUCAAAGAGAAGUGCGAACUGAGGGACGGUUCGGUGCAGACGAGAGACGACGGCAACAGCCAGUAUAUUUCUCGAGAUGGCAUUCUCAUGUCAAAACCCGAUCGAAGAAGCGUUUUGAGUCAGGGAGAUGAAAAGUGGAAAGACGUGGUGGAUGAAUUGGAGAAAGAGUUGAAAAACAAACUGUUCGAACGGAACCAAAACGAGGGCUCGAGGUCCAAAGAUUUAGCGAAGCGACUGAGUGCACUGGAGAAACAACCUCAGCACAACGUCAAUCAGGCAAUUAGUGAAAGUGGUUUUGUGUCGGAAAAGGCAACUCCAGAAAGUGUGUUGAAUGUGGACACCAGCAACCUCAUCACCGUGACAGCCAAGAAAGAAAGCGACGAGAUGAAAACAAAAGGAGGCAUUGAAAACCUCAUCGCAAUAAAAGAUGAAGAAGAAAAAUCUGUUGAAAUUAAACUAGUGGACAUUAGCGAUGACGACGAAACUGGCGAUGGUGGCUAUAUUGGAGUUGGUUAUGGCAUCGGCGAGUUUGAUCUCACGGAGUUCAAUAUCAAUGAAUAUGAUUUGAAUGUUGACAGAGCAAAUUAUGCAGAAAACAACAUCAACGCCAACAAGCUGGACAAUGUUUAUGAAAACGAAAACAAGUCGCCGCUAGUAACACCAGUCGGUCGUGAAAGCUUACUCGAUAUGGGCCAAGCACCAAUUCCUCCGCCUCCUGAUCCUCCAAUUCUCAACAAGCCAGCAUCCAAACAAGCAUCGUAUUUAAUACCCACAUAUCAUUAG